AUGCUUAUGCCAGAAAAGAAAGAAAAAAAAACCAAAAAAAAAAACAAAAGAGACUCCGUCUCUCUGACCCUUACCCCUUACUUGCUUACCUGCUUUCCACUUUCACGUCGUGUUUUGUACGAUGAACGGAUGGAAGAAGUCAGUAGAUUCCCAGGUAACCAAAUGAAACUGCUGCUCUCCCAGGUCGAUACCCACGCGGCACAGCCAAGGUCAGCUAGCCGGCCCAGAGUCAAAGUCAGCCAGCUUCGUUCUGUCUUUUUGUGUCUUCAUUUAUAUCCUCUUCGUCCCCCUUUUUCUCUGCUCUUUCUAUUGCUUCCUUUUUCCUUUUCUCAUGUUAUUUUAGGGCGCUGUUUAAUAGUGGGUGGUAGAUGGGAAUGCAGUGGGAGGCUCUGGCUUUUAAGGAACAGUUUCUAUCUUAGCAAUCGAACCAAAACUGCUUGA